GGUCACAGAGGGAGUGGUGCCUGCUCAGGGGAGCCAGCCCUGCCUCUGCCCCACAGAGGGUUGCUCCUAUAUCAAGGUCCUUGGGAGGCUCUCGUGUUCCUUUUCCCUUGCUGUGCGUUUUCCAGGAUAACUGUGACUCCAGGCCCACAAUGGACGCUCUACAACUGGCAAAUUCGGCUUUUGCAGUUGACCUGUUCAAACAACUGUGUGAAAAGGAGCCAGUGGGCAAUGUCCUCUUCUCUCCGAUCUGUCUCUCCACCUCUCUGUCACUUGCUCAAGUAGGCACCAAAGGUGACACAGCAAAUGAAAUUGGACAGGUCCUUCAUUUUGGAAACAUCAAAGAUGUACCCUUUGGAUUUCAAACAGUGACAUCGGAUGUGAACAAACUUAGUUCCUUUUACUCCCUGAAACUGAUCAAACGACUCUACGUAGACAAAUCUCUGAAUCCUUCUACAGAGUUCAUCAGCUCUACAAAGAGACCCUACGCGAAGGAAAUGGAAACCGUUGACUUCAAAGAUAAAUUGGAAGAGACGAAAAGUCAGAUCAACCAGUCCAUCAAGGACCUCACCGACGGCCGCUUUGAGAACAUUUUGUCUGACAGCAGUGUCAGUGACCAGACCCAAAUCCUUGUGGUUAAUGCUGCCUACUUCAUUGGAAAGUGGAUGAAGAAAUUUCCUGAAUCCGAAACCAGAGAAUGCCCUUUCAGAAUCAACAAGACAGAGACCAAACCGGUGCAGAUGAUGAAUAUGGACGCCACGUUCUGUAUGGGCAACAUUGACGGUAUUAAUUGUAAGGUCAUAGAGCUUCCCUUUCAAAACAAACACCUCAGCCUGCUUAUUCUGCUCCCCAAGGAUGUGGAGGAUGAGUCCACGGGCCUGGAGAAGGUUGAACAACAACUCAACCCAGAGACGCUCUUGCAGUGGACUAAUCCCAGCACCAUGGCCAAUGCCAAAGUCAAACUCUCCAUUCCAAAAUUUAAGGUGGAGAAGAUUGUUGAUCCCAAAGCUAGUCUGGAAAAUCUAGGGCUGAAAAAUAUCUUUGAUGAGAAUACAUCUGAUUUCUCUGGAAUGUCAGAGGCCAAGGGAGUGGCCCUGUCGAGUGUUGUUCACAGAGUGUGCUUAGAAAUAACUGAAGAUGGUGGGGAUUCCAUGGAGGCGCCAGGGUCACGGAUCCUGCAACACAAGGAUGAAUUCAAUGCCGACCACCCAUUUAUUUACAUUGUCAGGCACAACAAAACGCGAAACAUCAUUUUCUUUGGCAAGUUCUGUUCCCCGUAAGUGGCAAAAGCCCAGGUUAAGUCCCACCUGACUUUUCUGUAAACUCUGCAUCCAAAGAAACACUUUCUAAAUACAAUAAAUUGUUAGUAUUGCUGGA